AUGUUUUCAACAAAAAUAAUAUUUUUUAUUUUAAUAAUAAUAGUUUUAUUACAUAAUGAUUUUUGUUGUGCUAUUUCGCCGGAUGAUCUUGCAAACAGUAUUGAAGUAAAUCAGACAAAUAAUAAUGUCACAUCAUCACCAAAUUUAUUGUCUUCUCAUAGUAAUGUAGAAAUAUACGCUUUCUAUAUAUUUGGAUUAUUAUUAUAUUUCUUGGGUAUUUUGAGCAGUUUAUAUGUAAUGCUACGUACUUGGAUUAGAUGGUCAAGAGAUGAUUUAACUUUAAAUAUGACUCAUAAAUUACCUUUUUAUAUAGCAAGUUCGGAUUUUUUCAUAUAUGUUGUACAACUAAUUAAUUUGACGUAUCCAGUAAUUUAUCUUCAAAUUUGGCCUGGUCUUUCAUGUAAAUUUGUUGGUGCAAGUUUUUUUUAUUUUGCAAUAAGUAACAUGCUAUUAGUGGGAUCGUUAGCAAUUCUAAGUUAUUUUAGAGGAGUUCCUUUGGAAGUGUUGAAAAUGAUUAUUGUUGACGAACAAUUUCUAAUCGCGUUACGAAAAAUCGUUGGCUAUUUGUUUAUGUUCAUCACACAAUGGAGAGCACCAAUGUGGACUUUUUUCGUAUUUUUCAUAUCUUUACCGCUUGGUGGUGUUCUAAAUUGCUACAGAUAUAUUUCAAAUGAAGGUUGGUGGGUAAAGCCUAGAGGAGCUGCUACAUCAUCAAUCACUUCAACAUACUCUUCUCCUAAUACGCCAACAUCACCCUCAUCACCCUCACCAAAAACAAUAAAUAGACAACAAACUGUUGGUGAUAAGCAUCAGGAUUCUUAUCUGGUGAGGAUUCCAGAAGAAAAUG